AUGAUAGCUAGCUCCUUCUGCAAUGCUGAUUCUAUGUUUUUAAGUGAAGAGGGGAUAGAUGUUAGAAAGAUGAUGGAACAUAAAAGGAGCAUUUGCUCUGUUGAUCAAAGCAAUUAUAAUUCAAUUGCGUCUAAAAAGCAAAAGCCUGAUUUAUCGAUCACCACUAAGGAUAGAAAGGAAAAGAUUGGCGAACGAAUUGUUGCUCUUCAACAGCUUGUUUCACCUUAUGGAAAGACAGAUACGUCAUCUGUUCUAAAGGAGGCUAUGGAAUACAUAGGGUUCCUUCAUAAACAAGUUAAGCUGCUUAGUGCUCCUUACCUCGAAACUACACCAGCAAUACAGACACAGGAUACAGAGUCAUGCAGCUUGAGAAGUAGAGGGUUAUGUCUUGUUCCUGUCUCAUUUACUAUUGGAGUUGCCGAGGGAAAUGGUGCAGACAUUUGGGCUCCGAUCAAGACCACAUCGCCCGGUUCUGAGAAAGAUGUUUCUCAAAUUCAGUGA